UUUUUUUUCGAAUUUAGUUGUAUAUGUUUGAACAGAUCUUGACUGAGAUCGUAGACGAAGUUGCUUUAGAAGGUGAAAAAGGCUGUACGCUAAACCGUUUGUUUUCGCUUGUCGAGAUCGUAGCAAAAAAGAAAUAUGAAAAUACAGAGUCAAGAAAACCGCUAUUAUUUGAUGAUAACUACAAUGCUUUUAUUUGGCUCCGUCUAAGAAACAAUGAUCAAUUAAUCUUUACUGAGAAUGAAAAGACGAUUGAUGCAACACAAUUUGAAUUUAAAGAGUUCUUACCAAGACUUGAUCUUGUCUCUGUUAGAGCCAUUGAAGACGCACAGGAUCGUGUUAUUUAUGGAAAUUUAAAGAACGAGAAAAAAAAUUUAUCAGAUUUACACAAAAAAGUAUUGGGUACCAUUGCAAAGAGUCGCUCUCAAGGAGUCAGCCAAUUCGGUUUAAGAGAAAUGCUUGGUAUGGACGGGAAGACAGUAUUUCAUUAUCUUAAAAAACUCGAUCAACUUGGAUUAAUUGUUAAAGAAGAGGUCUAUCAACAAGGGCUUAAUACGCGCAUGAUAUUCUUGAAAAAAUUUGCUUCAAAGUCAGAUACAGAAGAGGAUCUAUUUCAAGCAGAGAGUGCUGUUAUUUGUCGAAUUGCUGAUUUUAAGGAAAAUGUAAUCAAGAAACUAAAAGAAGCACCGGACAAUUGGAUGAGCUUAAUUAAUCUUGUCAGAUCCCUUGGAUACACAAGUAAGCGAAUUGAACGAUGGGCAAGAGUAAGAAUAGCAGAACUGCAUCAUCAGGGUGUCAUUGAAAAGUUCAUUGCAUUCGACGGCAAAAACAAGCAGCAUGUAGUUCGACUUGUUCAACAAAAAAAUGCAGAGAAUGUACCGGAAAACAAUCAAGAGAUGGCUCAGUCAGAAAAACAUCAGUUUAUAUGUCGAGAUUUACCCAUUGAUUAUAUCUUUUAUCAGGAUUUAUUAGAAGCAGGCGAGAAAGGAUUGUCGCGACAGGAUAUUAUUAAUAAAUAUCCUUUUCUCGAUCCAGUGCUGUCACUUAACUUUUUUGAUAACAUUACUAUUCCAUCAAAAGAUCCCUCACUGUUAAAGUAUUUGGUGAAUCGUACAGAAGAAUUUGAAGGGAGAACUCGACAGUUUAGAUAUUAUGGAUUCGAAGCAUGGCAAGCAUUAAAUGAAAAGAGGGGCACGAUUGUGCCAGAUGUUAGCACAAAAGAGCAGACAUUUAAUGAUUUAGUGGAACCAACGUCCAUUGAUCAAAUAGGGCAUGAGCUCCGCAAUGCAUUGAAUUCUGAAAAGCGAAAAAGGCCUACACCCAAAGAGAAAAGCAACAAGCGGCCAAAAGGCAUUACAUCUCCAUUACAAGAAACGAAAAAGCAAGAAGUUCCUGCAAAAGAACAAGAACAAGUGCAGCAGUCAUCGGAAAAUACUCAAGACACGAUGCCAGCAAGUUCGAGUGAGCCAAAUAGCACGAUUUAUGGUUUAAAAAAGUACAAAAAAGAAUUCCAUGAUACGUUCAGAGCUCAAAGACGUACUAUUCUGCUCGAGCUGGUUGAUAAGUACCGCGUUUGUGAACUAUCCAUGAGUUUGUAUAGAGAAUUUAUAGAGAUGGCAAAACAGACAUCAAAUACAUCAAAUAUUGCACGCGCAACGUUUAACAGGCUUGUCAAUCAGUUACAUGACGAGAAGCAACUUUUUUUGUUUGUGACAUCUAUUCAAAAGCCUUCUGGAUUAACAGAAAUCAAAAAAAUUAUUUUGCACAAGAGUUUGACGCCAGAAAGUGAACAAGUAAAACAAUUCCUUGACAGCUACCGAAUUGAAAAGUCCAUGGAUCUGGUCACUAAAAGGCAAAGGACCACAGAAAUUGCUGAGGUCACUGUGAAUGCCUUGCCGAAUACAAAAGUUACUCGAAGUGAUAUUAGCUAUCCUCCAGACUUUAGAGCAAACAAUACUGUUGCUUUUGGUUAUGGCUAUAUUCGAUCUAUAUGGAUUAGAGCCAAGAUUCUUCAAGAAGCCAUGUUUGAAUUCUAUCAAGCCAGCCAUGGAACAGAUAAUACAAUUCAUAUGGCUCCUUUUCUAAGGUUAUUGCCUUUAAAGAAGCUAAUGGCUAUCUAUAUAUUACCUUACGAUGAGAAAAAACUGGUCGAUUUCUUGAAACAAGAGUUAAAUCUAGACAAAAUUGUAUCCGAGUUACCGAAAGACAUCAAGCUCAUUAUAUACCAGGAUCAUACUAAAUUGCGACGUCUGAUUAUCCGAUUACUCGGGAUCCUCAAGUCGCUUGGUCUAGUGGAACCCGUCAAGAAUGAUUUAAGUGUAGAUGGGUACUACAAAUCAAUCGCACCUGCAUACGUUCUUUGCAGACAAGGUGUUGUAAGAGCGUAUGGGAAAAAAGAAAAGCCUGCUCAAGAAACAGUUGAGCUAAACACCGUGGAAGACCUUGAUUAUUUUUGGUCUGAAUUGAGAGCUUGUAAUACAUCAAUAUAUGGCCAAGUAGAUGCUGAUAUAAGAGAAGAUAAUCCGCUCAUGAACAUAUGGGCAGCUCGUACUUGGUCAUCAAGUGUCCUGUUCACACCCGAACAAAAAAGAAUUUUGGACUCAUUUGUAGACAGAGAAGCAGAAACAGUACCGCCUGAAGAUAGUACAAUACGAACUUACAUUACAAAGAAAACCAAGCUGUCUAGAACUCGUGUGAAACUAUAUUAUGACUCUAUUCAACGCGCAUUUGACAGGCACAAGAAAAGAAAGACGACAAACAAAAAACAAUCGGAAAGAGAAGCCAAUAGUUCUCCAGCUAUCAAUGAACUCAUGAAAGCAUCGAUAGAGAAGCGCAAAGUAAACGCAGCUUUGUUCAAGAUGAAGCAAGCCGAGCCUUUUGUGGAACAGACGUUUGUUGGUAGCAGAAAACUUCGAAGACUUCGUUUGAUUACUGAACCAUAUCAAGGACUAGAUAAGAUUGGCAAGUUUCAUUUCAGGAAAAGGAAGUUGACUCCUUUUAGUCCUGUUGAAAAAGAUGCGUUGGUACAUGCCUAUGCUAUCAUGAGAGCAAGAGCUGAUGUCUCUACGUUUUAUUGGAGCCCUAUAACAAAAGUCCUACCUAAUUAUUCACAAGAAAGAGCUCGUCGAGUAUUUAACCAUUUGGUUAACAAAGACCCUACUUUACUGGCUACAAUUGAAAUGUUAAAAAGUCAAUGGUUGAAGAUAUAUAGUGAAGGCAUUGCCAAGGAUAAAAUAGAAGACGAGCGACCAUGGGACACACUUGAAUAUGACCUACCUAGUUACUUGGAGUACUUUAUUGUAAAACUGCAAGACUAUCAAAGUGCUGCUUUUGAUGAAAACAAAUUACCAAACACUUGUUUGGACCUGCAUAAAAGGUUUACUGUCACACCUAGAAAAGGCAAAAAUGUGAACGUGGUUGGUCUCUUGGAUGCAGUAGAGCAUUUCGAUCAUUUAUAUGUAGAAGAGUUUGAUACUAUUGAUACCCUUCCGCCUUAUGAUGCCAACGAAGUAUCCAUACAGCGCGUAAUAUCCAUAAUCAAGAUGAUUCUAAUAACACCUGAAGAAACAUAUUCUGGAAAAGAUGCGUAUAACUUGAUAAAAAGAUUUCCAGAUCGCGUCAUUGAAGACGCCAUAGAAUGGCUAAAAUCAAAUAAUCUCGUCGUUCGUAAAAAAACAGGUUAUAGUCGUAUUCCAGGAAGACGUAUCAAUGUAUCCGAAAAAUUUUUGAAUAUAGCAGCAGGUGUCUUACCAUACAAGUUUUUUGAGGAAGCAAGUUCAUACUAUAAUGAAAUGGCUUCUAGAAAUAGUUUAGAUAUAUAUAAAUCAAGCCUCAAUAGUGGAAAAAUGGGAGCUCUUUUGGAUCUUUUAUCGCAGGACAAGCUUUUGAUACAAAUUCAAGAUCAAGGUCGAUUUUUUGAAACAAGAAAAGUAUUAAAUUAUCCGAGAACGUCAGCUGUGUUUGCACAAAAGUCAUUUAUCAGUAGGGAUUUCAAUCUUACAAUACAAACAAAAACUAGCCUGAAACCUUUCGCGAUGAACAGUAACGUCCACAUUGGGCCUAUUAGCUUGCCUAGGUCAGACAAGAUAAGAGACAUCCUUCUGUUAUUACAGCCGAAACUAGCCAUAGACUCUUUGUACAGGUUGAUCGAGAAUCAUGGGGGGAAGGGCAUCUCAUGGUCUGAAAUAGUUCAAACCUUAAAUCAUACACAAGAAAUCCUGGCCGAUUCGCUUAAUUCUCUCUUAAACUCUAGUCCAGCCUUAGUUUUGGUAGUAGGGUUUGCGCAUUUGCGAUAUGUUUCUGUAAGAUUUGCUUCUUCCUGGUUGCUCAAGGAAGCUCAAACAAAUCGAUAUGUUUCGCCGUUAAUGUGGUACGAUGCAUCCGGAAGUCUUACAAAAACUGCUUUAAAGGGGUGUGGCAAUGCAGUGAUGAGCCAUAUUUUAAGGAAACCUGGCAUAUCCUAUGCACAGUUACGAAUUGAGUUUCAAACGUUUUUUACAGAAUUUGAGUUGUACUCAAUCCUGCAACACUUGUGCAAAGAACAGUCAGUUAUUUCAAGAAAAAUCAAGAAAACAACAAGGAAAGGUACGCUUUUUAGCAAACGGAAUAUCAAGUCUCCUUCUCCAAUGUCUUGUGGAAUGAACAGCAAUGAAAUUACUUAUUACUGGUUAGCACCAAAUUAUUAUUUGUCGUAAACCUUAAAUAAAUAAAAUUCGAAAUUC